UUUUUUUUCUUCUGGUUGGGGUUUAUCGCAUAGAAUUUCAGAAAAAAAGAAAAGAAAAGAAAAAAAAAAAAACGCGAUAGGUGCGCAGUAGACACGAAUAAGUAGAUGAUGUUUCGAGCUCAGGCGGUGUUAUAAUGUCCACCCCCGGGCCUCGUGUGGACAGGAAGGCUUAGCGGAACGGAGGAACGGCGAGCUAAGGAACGGCAGAAGAACCAUGAACACGCUCUUCAGGAAACGAGUGUGCGAGAUGGACCUCACCACGGCCAUGGAGCAGGCGAAGAUGGCGUGCAGUUUCUUCUUCAAUAACCGAUUCGAGGAAGCUCGCGCCCUCAUGAGACCCUGGGCACACAAAAGCAUGUACCAUGCACUCGGCUAUGGGACCUUCAUGUACCUCCAGGCGAUAAUGACCUUUGAUCCUAAAGAUAUAGAAAUAGCCGUUGAUGCCCUGAAGCAGAGUGUGGACGUAUGCAAUCGCUUCAGAAGGAAGAACACCCUGGGAGAGUCCUUGGGGAAGAUGGUCAAGAAAACAGACUACAGUAGCUACUCUAAGGUGGAGAUCCAUGCCGAGCUGUGCUACGCAGAAUGCCUUCUUCUUAGGGCUGUCCUGAGCUUCAUGGAAGAUGAGACCUUAAUUAGCUUCCUCAAGGGUGGCAUGAAAAUCCGAGCUUGUUACCAGUCUUACAAGGAGUGCUGGUACAUUCUAGAAGGGCGAGACUGGAGCCAAGACGAGGAUAAGAUGCAUUUCGAGUCUGGUGUUCGCAUGGGUGUCGGGGCCUUUAAUCUGAUGAUCUCCCAGCUUCCACAGAAGAUACUUAAGCUCCUAGAAUUUGUUGGAUUUUCAGGGAAUAAGCACUUAGGCCUUGCUGAGUUAGAGAAGGGAUUCUACCUUGAGGGUUCUCUCCGACGUGUCUUGUGUGCUCUGGUGCUGCUCGGGUACCACCUCAUUGCUACCUACGUCCUUGGUACUUCUGAGGGAGAUUUGGAAAUGGCACAAAUUAUCCUUGACGAUCACUUGAAGCUCUACCCCAAUGGAGCCUGGUUCCUCUUCUUCGCUGCUCGCUUGGAGUAUGUCAAAGGAAACUUCGACCUGGCCAUUGAGAAGUAUAAGGUCUCCCUGAACAGCCAGGACGAGUGGCGCCAGUUCCACCACUUGUGCUACUGGGAGCUUAUGUGGUGCUGCAUCAUGAGUGCAAGAUGGAAAGAAGCACAAGAUUACGCAGACAAACUUCUUCAAGAGAGCAAGUGGUCCAAAGCAACAUAUGCCUACCAAAAGUGCUGUUGCAUGUGUAUGAGGAUGGAUGAGUUGACACCAGCAGAGAAGCAAGAACUGGCAGAAACUAUGAGGACCAUUCCAGGCCUGAAGCAACGCAUUGCCGGCAAGAGUCUUCCAAUUGAAAAGUUUGCUGUGAAAAAAUCUGCCCGGUUCUUUGCACAGGGAGAAACACUUACCCUCUCAGGUCUCGAACUUAUCUACGCCUGGAAUGGAUUCAAGAUUCUUGCCAAGAGAUAUGAAAAUGUAGAAAAGAUAUUCAGCAUUAUUGACAGAGAAAUGAGACGAAUGGAAUCUAUAAAAGUACCUGACCGCGGGGACUACUACUGGGAUGACUACCUUUUGGCCCAUUUGGUAAAAGGCUCCUGCUUAGCCUACAUGAACUCUCCCCUGCAGGCAGAGGAAUGUUUUAAGUUCAUUGUUAAUAAUGAGAAGAAGAUCAAGGAGGACAACUACCUAGUUCCCAACGCCCUUCUGGAACUUGGUCUUCUUCUUCUGCGGGCUAAUGAUCUGGAGCAGUCUCGGAUCAUUCUGGAGCAUGCGAAAUCAAACUACAAGAGCUACUCCCUGGAAUCUCGCUUACACUUCCGCAUCCAUGCAACCCUCAAUAAGAUCCAUGGCAUCCAGAAGGGAAACCCUGGCGAUGGCAUAGGCCCCAUGGAAGGCUACCCCUCCAUCAGCAGGUCCCCUUCCCCAGCCAUCACCAAGACCUCAAACACAGCCACAAACGGCAAUGAAAGUCACUUAAAUGGAUCAUCAGGCAAACACGUACAAGCCGUUGGAACUCAUCUGUGAUCACUUUGAUACUAAGGUGCAUACCAAGGACUGGUUUGGAAGUUUUUUAACAAAAGUUUAUUUUUUAGAUUUCUAGAGCAUUGGUUAUGCUGACUAGAACACAAGCCAGGUGUCUCUGUAUUUUUUUGAGUGUAAGAUAUAAACAAAGCAUAAAAACAAACCAAAAAACAUACCCAAAAAAAGAGAAUUGUAGAACCGAGACGUCUUGGCAAAUGUUCUUGACCAAAUUUUACAGGUCCAAAAGAAAGCAAAACAAACAUAAGUGGAUAUGAUAUGUACGGAGGAAGGAGUGUACAAAAGUCUCUCUAGAUGAGGUGUCCUGUACGGUGACUGCACGUCCAAGGUGAUAGUAUCAGGUAUAAUAUUUGUAAGUCUGGGACUACUUCUAUAUGUCAAAAGUAUAUUUGUUAUUUCAAAAACUAUAUUUGUUAUAGAGGAGAGUUUUAAAUGAUUUAAAUUUUGAAUAUUGUAUAUAAACUAUACAGGAUUUGACUUGGGGGAAGAUUCAAAUAUUCAAUAUCUGGUUAUAUUUAUUGUUUCUUUAUUAUUAUAAUGUUUAGUUAAUUUGUAUUUUAAUAGUAUUAUUGUAUGGCAAUGGAGUUAAAGAUUAUAUUCAGUGGUAAUGUUGUUCAUAAAUAUUGGCAGAAUACUGGCUUAAAUUUCUCGUAAUGAUUCAUAACAGUCAUGGCCUGUGUCUUGCAGUGUAUAAGUUCAUUCAUUGAUUUUGUAGUAGAUUGUGUAUGUAAAUAAUUUUAUAUUAUUUAUUAAGAGUAUUUAGUUUCAAAUAGAUUGACAUUUAGCUGAAUUAUAUAUAUAUAUAUAUAUAUAUAUAUAUAUAUAUAUAUAUAUAUAUAUAUAUAUAUAAUAUCCAUCAUGUAAAUACUUACCUAAAGUAAAUUUUUUUGUAGAUACAUGAAAUGUAGAAUGGGUACAGUAGCUUACAUGUUGUCUUGAGAAGAAUAUCAACCACAACCUCACUUAAAAUCGUGCAUAUCCAUUUCUCGCAGGUUGAAAGAGUGGAGAAAUAUCAGGAAAUUGUUUUCGGCAGGAGCAUUAUAAAAGUAUACCAAGGAUGCUGGCUCGUAUAUAUGUAUAUGUAUAUGUAUAUAUGCUAAUGGAAAAAUGAGAGACAAAUGUUAACUUAGGGAUGAUGUUUGUGGUGUUUUAAGAGUUAUUCAGUAAGUGAAAUCCCUUUUAAAAUCUGGAGAGUUGAUUUGAAAAUCACUUACAUGGUUCACAUGAUUAGGAGUGCCAGGCAAUAUUACUAGUGGUACUCAUCAGCAUUUUUAGGUUUACACAUAAAAGUUGAUCAAACACAGCAGCUCAGUUAACACAUGUGAAACAAUUUUGUGCAGAUUUUUUUUUUCUUUCUUUCUUUUUUUAACUUCGAGGUAAUGAACAUGUGAGAGGAAUGAAAAAGCCAGCCAUAGUAUACUUAAACAUUCCAUUAGCAUAAGUUUUAGAAAGUUUAGACCUAAGUGCAGUAAAUACACUGUGUCAAAGAUUAUUUCAGAUAACUAUUGAAUUAAUGAACUUAAUAUUUUUGUCUACUUGGGUGUGCCUGUGUGCACAUUUUGCGCAUGUGUAAGUGUAUGCAUGUUUGUGUCUUCACUUGUGUCCUUAUGCGUGCUGGAUGUUUGCGUGCGUGUGUAUUUGUUUACAGGUCUUUGAAGGAAUGUGUAUUGAUCACUAAAUGCUUCUUUGAAUUCAAGAUAUAGGUUAUGCUUUGGCUGCUUUUAGCCAUCCUGAGAAUCAAAGAUUGAGUGUGUGAACAUAAUGGUGUACCUUACAGUGCUGCAGUGAGGGAAUUCUUUGCAUUUAGAGACUAUAAACUGCAAUGGAGUAGGUGUGUUACUUAAUAUUUUGAUUUAAUAAAGAAUUAUAUACAAAGUAAGAUUUAAGAUUUACUUAGAUGGAUUUAGUAAUGCUUGGGUAAUUGUACAGAAAUGAACUAUUGACAUUCUUCAGUACUAAACUAGUCAUUUCACAGGAAGGUGAAGGUCUUCAUAUCACUCACAGAUUAUAUCUGUCACUCCAUAUGUACCGACCUGGAAUUCGGAGAACUAUACAAACAUAUAUAUAUAUGGUUAUAUUAGAGAAGCACUACCUCAAGCUUCUGUUUUGCCAGGUGUCACUUAUUAGGGCUUUCAUUAUUUUAAUACUCAGGCUUUUUAAUGCCUGGUAUUGUUUGAGUCUUCUUAGUAAUAACUCACACCCAAGAAGGAUCUUCAAGAAAAACAGGAGAGGGUUCUGGGGUUCGGUUGCCCAUGUUGAACUUCCAGCAAAGUGUGAUUUUAAUGGUAUUUGUAUGUUACAUAUUCAUACUUAGUGGGAUUAUAUUUAAUAUUUUGUGUGCACUGUUGGUUUAUAGGUUUCUUCCUUUGCUGAGUAUUGUUAAAAAGAAGGAAAAAAACUGAAACCAUUUCUGAUUUUAGGUGCAUUCUUUAGCAACUUCCAAGUUAGUGUACAUAGCUAAAACUGCUCCAGUUCUGUGAGCAAGAGCCUUGCGAACACCAACUUAUAAUUGAUUUUAAAGUUUCUUUUUAUGUUUUUGCUUUUAAGUUGAUAUGAGAUUUGUUACAAUUUGUUACUGUUUUAAAUGAUUCCCAGUAGAAUUGUAUAUUACUGUUAACUGAUGCAGCCACGUCUUCACCCAAAGAUCUGGUUUUAAGUAAAAAGAAGAAAAAAAGAGGAAAAAAAAGGAAACCUCAAUGUAAGCAUCUCUCAAACAUUUUGAUUCAUUUUGUCAACUUUUUCUUUAAUGAUUCUGUGAACUUUCUGAUAUAGCAGUGUGUAGCCACAGAGUAAUAUAAUAUUUGUUUCACACUGUAAUAGUAUAUGAUAUAUUUCCUUCCUUUUCUACUCCAGAUGGCCUUAAUCUAACUGGAUGGUACAGAGUCUUAUAAUAUUGUGUUAUGGAACUAGUGUGUGUAUUAUUUUUUCUUACUUCAUGUUUUCCAGUGUUGCCAAAGUGAGAAGGAUAGACCGUAAAAUCAAAUGUGUAGUGAAAGAAGUACUUAUAAGAACUCUUUAAUCAUGAAUGUAAUAGAAAAAAAAAUCUGUAUCUGAGUUACAUGAGUUUUUAAAAACAAAUAUAUAGAAAUUGUUGGAUCUUGUAAAGCAAUAAUAAAGAAGAAAAAAGUAA